AUGGCGGUGUUCCUUCCCACCGCUCUUUUGCUUCUGUGUUAUCUGAUCGGCUGUUGCUGCGUGCGUUAUGCGUUGGUGUUGGGCGAUUCACGGUCGGAUCCUGGUCUCGAGGCUGACGGGACGCCAUCCGUUAAUCUUCGUGACAAACUAUUGUGGAAUGGGAAAGGGGCCGGUUGGAUGGCUGGACGGUAUUCCUCGGCGGGGAUGCGUGCCGUAUCCCGCCCUAACAUCAUCGCAUUCGCUGGCAUCUUGUCACUCGCUUUCCCAGAGAUAACUUCUGGAUAUCUCAGCUGCCAUGUAUACGCCGUAAAGAGACACAUCCCCCCUGUCAAAACAAAAGGGGCUUUGAACCAUACCAAGUGACGGAGAUUCGGUUCGUGAUGGCAGUACUAGCGAUGAGCCAUCUUAGGCCAUCGACCCCGCCUUCGCUUUCCUUACUCGGGUGCAAAGCCCCAGGGAAACCCUGAUAGGUCGUUUCAUUUAUUAAAAUUCCUUGUGCUUCUUUGCUUCUUGCUAACUUGACUAAUUGUUGUCC